CUCCUCUCUCUUUCUCGCCGCGUCUCGAGCUCUCCCCCCUUUUUUGUCCCGAUGGCCAGAGAGUUGAUUCAACAUUCUCAUCAUCAUCCCAUAAUCCAAAUUCAAUCAACAAUGCCCAAAAUCUCUUUUUGGAUCUUGGAUUUAUAAAAAUAUAAACUUACCAGUAAAUAACCUCAUCGAAAACCCUUCUCCUCCUCCGAACGAAAAUGGCGACUGCUCUUCUCACAAUUUCAGCAGCAGCACCGACCGCAGCAGCCUUCUCUUCAACCACCAGAAAUGGGAGCCACCUUCUCUCAACCUCCUUCCCAAAAAAGCCCCUCUCUUCAGAACCCGUUUUCAGAUUCCUCAGCUGCUCCAAAAACCCAACUUCUCGUCCCUUCAGCAAAAAGACACUUGUAACCCAAAUCUCACAAUACCCAACUUCCCAAUUGGAGUCAGAGUCCAAAGAAACUCUCAACAGGAGGCUUGUAUUGUGCGCAUUGGUGUCUUCUGUGUGUUGCUUGGCUUGUGGAGCUGCUCUUGCUGCUGCUGAUUCCAUUAGAGCUUCUGGAUUUGGUUUGAAGGUUGCUACUGCAUUGAGGAGUCUGGGUUGGCCCGAUGAAGCUGUGGUCUUUGCGCUCGCGACUCUUCCUGUUCUUGAGCUCAGAGGAGCUAUUCCUGUUGGUUAUUGGAUGCAUCUUCAUCCUAUGCGGCUCACUGUUCUUUCAAUUCUUGGGAACAUGGUUCCAGUGCCCAUUAUCAUACUCUACUUGAAAAAAUUAGCAUCAUUCCUCUCUCAGAAAAAUGCCUCAGCUACCAAUUUGCUCGACCACCUGGUUAAAAGAGCCAGAGAGAAGGCAGGGCCAGUGGAGGAGUUCCAGUGGCUGGGACUUAUGCUGUUUGUUGCUGUUCCUUUUCCUGGAACAGGAGCUUGGACUGGGGCUUUUAUUGCUGCUAUUCUUGAUAUGCCAUUUUGGUCGGCGGUUUCUGCUAAUUUCUGUGGGGUUGUUCUUGCUGGGCUUCUGGUAAAUUUGCUUGUGAAUCUUGGAAUCAAGUACGCUGUUGUGGUCGGUUUUCUUCUUUUCUUUGUAUCAACGGUCAUGUGGAGUAUUUUGCGGAGAUUCAAGAAGUCAUUAAACUCAACCUGAUGGUAGUGAACGGAAGUAAAGAAAAGAAAGCAGCAGCUUAAUCAAACUUUUAAUCUUUGGCAGCAGAAUAAUCGGUAUCUGGCUCGAUGAUACGUCAGACUAACAACACGGGCAACUAGAAAGUGGUAUGCUAUGUUUCAAGAGAUUGAUAACUUCAUAUUUGAUUCUUAACAAGGCAUAUUUUCCUUUUUCGGGUAGAAACAUGGAAACUGAAAUUAAAAUGCUUCGGGAGUUGGUAUGUAUAGUUUUCAAGCCUUUAUUGUGUUUUCUCUGGAUCACGUGGAUCUGAGGUCAGAAGCUUUUCAUUGAGGAGAGAACUCGACUUCUUUUGAUGUAGAAAUAAUUUCAAAUAUUUGAAAGAGGAAUUACUGGCUGUUAUCUAGUUUAUGGGAAAGUAAGAUAACAAUUGUUGUCUUCCCCUUAUUUGGUUUGUUUAAAAGACUACUCAAGGAGAGCAACGUGCAUAUACUGAGAGUCCAUUUUGAUGAGAAUAUGUUGUUUUUGUUUGGAAGUCAUGGAUGCUAAGUACAACUCUGUUCAUCUUAGGGAACAUUCAUUUUGACUGAUCACAUGAGAUCACAAUUCUUUGUCAUAGACUUUGUCCGGUAUGAAACUUAACAUUUUGCCGGAAAAAAAAA